CCGAACAACACAUGGACCCUCUCAGCACAGCAGCUACCAAAUACAAAAGCAGCCAAAUAAAAGACAACAAGACUUGGUAUCACUAUGUCACCCAUACGUUCUUUGGAGAAACCCGUGCUCAUCAUUGUGCUGUGGGGUCUUUGCAGUUUGCUGUAUCUGGAGGGAGCACCGAUCAGCAAGAGGUCAAUCAGUGAAGUUCAGCUCAUGCACAACGUUCGGGAGCACAAGGAGAUGUUAGAAAGACAGGACUGGCUUCAGCUGAAGCUCAACAACAUCCUCAUUCCCUCAUUAAAUGACUCCCAAAAGGAGCAAAAGGGGAAAAACAACGGCCCAUCCAUCAGACGUUUAAGAAAGGGGGAAGGUCCGACCUGGAUCAGGAACUGAUGUUUUUUUAAAGCUAAUGAACUCCAAAUAAUGAAAAGUGUUUUCUCGGUAACAUCAGUGCAGGCGGAGGAGGACACAGUAAGUGUCAAUUAAAGUAUACUGCUGUACUUGGAGAAAGAAAGUGCACUGCUUUACUUAUGUCUUUUAUUUAUUUAUUUAUUUAUUUUCGAAUAGUACUUUUAUUUAUUUGUAAAUAUUUGUUGUUAUUUAGAUAUUAAAGCAUAUGUUCAGACCUUGUGUAGGA